UGAAAAGGAGUGAAAUCCUACCAUUUUGUGGAGGCAAAAAAAACUGAUGACAACACUUUCUUCAGAAUAUUUUGUUUGAGAAUGCGCAUGCGCGUAUUUCGUGGAGCAAUCGUUUCGGAGACACAUAUCCCGCGGCAAACUCAAGUUUAUUGUCUAAUAUUUCGCAUCUUAGGAAUAAAUAUGCUGUUCUAUUCUUUCUUCAAGUCUUUGGUCGGUAAAGAUGUGAUAGUGGAGCUCAAGAAUGACCUCAGUAUCGGUGGGACGCUCCAUUCUGUGGAUCAGUUUCUGAACAUCAAGCUGACAGAUAUAUCAGUGACAGACCAGGAGAGGUAUCCACAUAUGCUUUCCGUGAAGAACUGUUUCAUCCGAGGGUCGGUGGUGCGGUAUGUUCAGCUGCCGGCAGACGAGUGCGACACGCAGUUAUUACAAGAUGCUGCAAGGAAAGAAGCAACGCAGAGCAAACAGUGACCUUAGCUUGCUUCAAGCAAUAUCAGUUGAACAGACAUUGAGAUGUUGAAAGAAACCUUGGGUUAUGAUUCUGAAACUGGAAGAAGCACAUACGUUCAAUGAUUGUUGGAGGAUUGCUGGAGGAUAUUGAAGAUGUUCUUGGACGAUGGCAUCGUCAAGAUGCCUUGAGAUGGAUCAGGAUCCUGUUUUCACAUCAGCUUGUGAAUGAUAUUGAUGGAAUCACCCCAACAGGAUCGUUCUUUUUAUUUUGUAUUUGGCAUCUCCUGCAUUUUAAUCGGGCGUUGCAAAAAGAGUAAUGUUUAAAUGCAUCUCCAAAAAUCAACCGAAACUUGAUGUUUAACCAAUCAAAACACAUAUUGAAGACUUGCGCUUGAUUUUAUGUAGUUGCGGUCAAACACAACUCUUUCUGUAACACGCCCCUGCCCUUCUGAAUUUUUUGUACAUGACACAAGCCAAAUGAAGGUACAUGUACUCAUCUUGUUCUAUUUCAGUUAUUGUUUGACAUAUAACGGUUCAUUCCUGAAAUGCAAUUGAUCACUUGAGCCAUAAUACUCCCAGGGAGAGAGAGAGAAGGGGGGGGGGGCGUUAUGAGCCAUAAUGGGGGUCAUAAAAAGUUAAAAGCACUUCAUCUAUUUGCAGUCAUUUAAGGACUCUAAAUUCGGGCAGCACAGACAUCUCUUUUUUAUCAUGGACAAACCAAUUACAGUAUGAUCAAAGAAUCAAUCAUGAAUUUCUUUAAAUAAUUUGUAUAUUAAAUCCUAUAAGAGGUUUUGAUAAAGCUUUAAAAAAAUGUGAUUAUUCAUUUUCAAAUUUUAAUUUGUAUCCAACCAACAAUAAAAUCUUCUUUUAUUUUAAAACCACUUCUCAAUCAUGGAAUGAGCUUGAAAUACAUUGUACAUGUAUUAGGAUAUAACUUUCAUAUUUAGCUUUUAGCUUUGCAAUUACUAAACUUUUUCAAAGUUUUUUGUUGUUGCUGGAAUAUUUCCAUGACUAAAAUGAUUUUUAAGAAUAAUUUUUGUUAGAUGUUGGAAGGAAUUUUUAAGAAGAAAAACAUUCACAAGGAGACCACAGACAGUAAUACAUUUUAUCCUCAGAGAUGAAAUUGAAAUGUUUAGUAAUUUUACAAAGAACUAACUGAUGAAAUAGGUUUGAUAUGAGAUGAUAAACCUAUUCCAGGGGAAGUCCACUUUAACAAAUAGCUGAUUUUUUGUUUAUAAAGAGAAAAGUCAAACUGAAGAUUCAUCAAAAUCAGAUGUUAAGUAUUAAGAAAGUGGAA